UUUGGUCAAGGUGGAAUACAAAGUGAGGAUCAUCCAGAAGUGACCGGAGCCGCCUUCAGUCCGAAUCUUUACGCGGAUCCUCUCAGAAUCAUGAACGUGCCGCCUCCAGACCGCAGGAAAAACAUGCGAGAACUGGCUUUGGAGAUUGGCAUCCGAGUUCUGCUCUUCGGAGUUUUUGUAUUUACAGAGUUUCUGGAGCCGUUUGAGAGAGUGAUUCAACCGGAGGAGCUCUGGCUCUACAAGAAUCCUCUGGUUGAGUCAGACCACAUUCCCAAGAGGGUCAUGUUCGCAAUUUCCUUCCUUACCCCACUGGCGGUGAUAUUUGUGGUGAAGAUAAUUCAGAGGACGGACAAGACAGAAAUCAAAGAGGCAUGUUUAGCUGUGUCCCUGGCUCUCGCCCUGAAUGGAGUCUUCACAAACACCAUCAAGCUGAUUGUUGGCAGACCCAGGCCUGAUUACUUCCAGCGCUGUUUCCCAGACGGACAAGGGAAUGUGAAGAUGCUGUGCACCGGGGAGCCAGAUCUGGUCUCAGAGGGACGCAAGAGCUUCCCCAGCAGUCAUUCCUCCUUUGCUUUCUCUGGUCUGGGCUUCACCUCCUUCUAUCUGGCGGGGAAGCUGCAGUGUUUCACGGAUCAGGGUCGAGGGCGUAGCUGGCGUCUCUGUGCCAUGGUGUUGCCCCUCUACAGCGCCAUGAUGAUUGCACUGUCCCGGACUUGUGACUACAAACACCACUGGCAAGACGCCUUUGUUGGAGGAGUGAUCGGGUUGCUGUUUGCGUACAUCUGCUACCGCCAGCACUACCCACCCUUUCUGCACAUGGACUGCCACCUGCCUUACGCCAGUCUGGCCGCCGCCACCCACGUGUCCUCACAUCCCCCGGACGACCCGCAGCCCACUGACAAUGCCACCACCCUCCCCCUGGAGGGCUUGACUGAAGGUCCAGUAUGACUAGUGGCCACCACCGAGACUACCCCCAACACCUUCACGAAGCCGCCAAGCCCACCUCCCCAUCCCUAGUGACUGGCCGGCUAUCGUACAUUCAAGUGGACAUUAACACUUCAUCUUCAUACAGUUACACUCAGUCUCGGUGACACCCACAUUCUUUUUGUGUUUAUUCUUUUAAAUCUGGCUCUUGCUCAGCAGCCAUGAAAGUCUAUAUUUAGAUGUGAUGUAUGAGAGGAGCCUACGAAUAUGGGACAUCACCACUGAGAGGGAAGAGAGAAAAACAUGUUGAAAACCUGAAGAAAGCGGGUCUUAUUAAUGGCUGUGAAGGAGGAUAAAAAUAAUGCCAGUCUUUGCUGGAAGUCUUUGCCUAAUAAGAGACAUGGCUGGCAGCUCGUUUUUACGCUGGAGUACAUUUAAUGUUUUGCUAUUUAAGGACUGGGACAGCAAGUUGGGGGCAACCCAAGAAAUCCCAUUAAAAUGUCACAGCAAUCAAACCAUGAAAUCAAACCACUGUAAUUAAACUAAUUAGAUAUUGUGUGUUUGAUGGCACAGUUGGAAACAAAUUACAGAAUCUGAGAGCAAUGCAGCGACAUUGUGAGUGUUUCAGUUUGACUUUCAGAUCCUGUAUUUUCAGAGGGAGCCAAUGUGUUGGUUUAAAAUGUAAGGACAUGGGGAACAAGAUUCAUAUCUUUUCAUUUGUAACUGACCAUUGUAACAUGAUUAUAGAUAUUGGACAAAUAUAUUCUUGAGAUUAGCACUGGUCUGCGUUUCAAAACCCUUCUAAAACAACUCAUCUACCUUACUCUUAAAAGUUCCAUUUAGCUUUCCUGUGCAAUCCUGGACACCACCCAUCCCAAAUUCUUCCUCCUCAUCUCGUCACCAUCCAACUUUAUUUCUUUCAUAAGCCCUGAGUUGAGCAUGUGUUCCCUGGGGUUGCACAGGGGUUUGGAGCCAAAUUGUUUCUCAAUGAGUGCAAUCAAUAACUGGCAGGUGGAUAUGGCAUGGCGGAAGUGUGUCUGGACAGGCACAAACUCCAAUCUGAUCCUGCAUUAAUCCUUUGAGGGAGGUUGGCCACCGUGGCUUAUGAGGACAUUAGGACUAUAUGAGGUGCCCCACGGACUGCCCAAGCAUUGCAAAUGGCUCUCAGCCCACUGCAGUCCCAUAAAUGGACAAUCUCACAUUCAGCAGACGACAGGCCAGAGCCCGGAACAGUGCUUAUGAUGUAUUAUUCAUCCAUUAAUGUUCUGGUAUUUAGGAAUAUUACCAGGCUUCAUUUAGGAACACUGCGUUGAAACGAAGCAGACACCAAAGAUCUGUAGCUUAUUUUUUUCAGCUUGGGUCGUAUGUACCCUCUUAUGAUUUUUUUUUUUUUUUUUUUCAAACAUGAAGCAUUACUGGUUCCCUAUCAUCAGAAAAGCAAUUUGUAGCCUCUCACAAGUUUAGUCCUAAAUGAGGGAUCAUUUCGUUGCCUUAGUUACCGUGUUUGUUUUGCCAUUGCUGUGACAUUAAUGGGGAGGUUAAAAAAAACAUCAAAACAGCAUGAUAUGAAAUGAGCACCAAGGCUAUUUUGUAAUUUUAUGAUCUUGUCAGGAUGUUUGAGUGCGAUCUAGACUUUUUACAUUUGUCUGUUGACACGUGUUUGUGUAAAAAGCAUCAGUGGAGACAUGUACCUUCAGCUGCGGUUUGCUUCCUGCGCUCGUGGCACAGGGAUACGCAACGAGACAUUCACUGCGAACAAAAUUCCUUUAAACAUAAGUUACAGAAAUCAAUGAAGCCUCUGUCACUGAUGCAACCCAGUGGCACAUUCUUAAUAGUGUAUGUGUGUGUGAGAGUGGGGUUGUUUGCAGUACACUAAUGCAAUAUCGAAUGAAACUUUACAAAGAAUGAAGGGAGGAGGUGCUUGACUCUGCUCGUCAGACUCUGUGACUGGACUUGAAGACACUGAGAAGUGUAACUUGAAACUGACUGUGUGGUUCUGCAGAGUCUGUCAGCGCCGCCCUGGAUACCAGUGACAGAGACAUUCUGAUGUCUCGAGGCAGAUGAAAUGAUUGUGACUGAGACGCAUUAUGUUCUAUAGACCUGCAUUCGCCUGACUUGGCAGCCUGAUGUCCAUACCUUGUCAUUUAGUUUUCUCCUAUUAGAUGUUAUGUAUAUUGAGAAAAAAUAUAUAUUGUUCAGAAACCAUGUCUGUAAGAGUAUUUUGGCUUUGGUGCUAUAGAUACUUUUGUAGCAGUAGGCGUUACUUUUUUCAAAUGGUGGAAGAGUAAAUUUGAAAUAAAAGUUUUCUACCAAGAAAAAAAAUAUAUAUAAUACAUAAUUUUUUUAAUUAUUUUCAAAUCAGAUGUUCAGAUGUACAAGAAGUAGUAGGGCCAUGUUGAAGAAAAAAAUAUGAAUCUAAAUAUAUAUAUAACAUGUCGUGAAUAAAGUGGAGAAAUCGUAAUUGUUGCAUUAAGAUUGAGUUGUAAUAUUUAAUGAUAAAAGUUUAAACAAUGAAUUGUAAUACAUUUACCUUUAAAAGUUGUUGAUUGAAUUUCUGUAAUCUAAUUUUUUUCCCUCAACUUGGCCCUAAUACAACGUUGUAUAAAGGACACCACUGCUUGUGAAUUAUUUCCAGCCAUUUCACCAUCCCAGAGUCUGAUGGGAUAGAAGUAACAAAAAAAUAUUAAAGAAUGAUGAAAUUACAGAUGUCUGAAGAAAAGAAGCGUGUAAGAAUCUUUGUUCAUGGCAUGCCAGUUCCAUUUGUGAGAAGAAGUGUUUUCUAUGAAUAAGCAUGUCUUGCCUUGAGAACUCUUUGAGCUGUGUUUUGCUGUUUCUAUACUUUAUGUACAAUAAAAGACUGCAGCUGUGUGAAACCCGUCCGUGAAGAAAACAAAGGAGCCUAAUGUAUUUUGUCAAAGUGUGACCGUUGGAGUCUGCGUUUGUUGUUGCUAUAGGAACUCUGAACUGCUUCUCAUGCAUCCAACACAUCGAAACAAAUCAAGGUCUGAGGAUGUUCAUGUGGAGACAUUCCACCCUGUAAUCACAUCAUAGGUGUUACAACAUUAUUCCUUAUUAUAUGCAAACGGACAGUCUCACAUUAUGCAGCAGCAAACAAUGGAAUGAGAUGCAUCCCAUGUUCCGUUUCAGUGAAUUUAUUCAACGGUCCUGCUGACAGACUGCACAGUGCUCCUGAAGCAGCUGAGUGUGUGUGUGUGUGUGUGUGUGUGAGAGAGUGAAUGGAACUGUGUUCUAAGUGUGUGUUGUGAUUUUUUCUUGCUUUAGUUGUGUUUCACUC